AUGAAGAAGAAGAAGCCAUUUUCAUUGAAUGACAUGAAACUCAAACUUCUCGACCUACCGUAUAAAGGGAUAAAUGUACCUCAAGGAUGGUUUGCGAAAUUUCAAUUAGUUGUCAAUGUAACUAACUAUCAGAACGGACCGGCACCGGUUCAAGUUAUAAACCAAUUGAAUAGAAGCGAAGAUGUUGUUUCGUCUGACGACGAUCUUUUCUUCUUCAUUUCAUCUGGUGGCAAAGUCAAAUUAUCAACAACAAACUCUAAAGUGCAGUUUAGAAUUCAAGUUUCGUGGAGUUCGUACCCAUCAACUAAACAAACAUUCAAUGUGUCAUCGUCCGAUUAUCAACCAACUGCUUACUCAACCUUGCAAUACCCCAUCGUCCAUGUGAAGGCAGACACAAGAGUGUCUGCAACAGUCGCUACUCCAUUUUCUCCACGUCACUCUCUCCAAUAUUUGCGUGGCCUCAUUUUCUUCGAUGGUCCCACAACGAAUUCGACAAGUUUUGGAACUGGUUUGCAGUUGCUGAAUGCAAAAUCUCAAUAUGUAUCAACUGGGCAGUACAUGACAGUUGUGCAACUUGAAGGAUACGAUGGACUACAUUGCUUCUUGCAAGAUUAUGAUAACACAAAAGAAAUUGUGCAAUUUCAAUCGGUGGUGUAUACUGAUCAGCCAAACGGUUUGACUUUCACUUUGGAUGGAACAAAUGGUCCAUCUGCACUUCAAUCUUGUACAAAUUACUCAGAAAUCUUGAUUGGAAUGAAUGGAAAUGGGUUGUUGCACGCGUAUCUUGGAGGAGUCAGAAAAGAUAAGAAGAAUAUGGCACUAUUUUUCAGUGCUAAUGACAGUUUGACAAACUUGCCCCAGGAAUUUCAAAGUGACGUCAGAACUUAUGUGUCAACUGGAGGAAAAUCCUUUAUAAAUAUUAGUGACAAUUGGAGUCAACUACAGGGGACAAAGUCGAUUGGAAGAAAAGGAUUUUUUAUUUCUCCAAACUAUGGGGCUCUAAGCAACGAUCAAUCCUUCGAAGCACAAAUCAAAAUGCCAAGUGGUGGAACUGCGUUUCGCCUGAAUCCGUUGUCCCCUUCUUUUGUUGGAAAAGAGUUUGUGAAGAUCACUUUGUGGGACGGUAGCCGUGUUGAUUCUCAGAAAACAUUCUCUGCUGAAAAUCAAUUCGAUGAAGGCGUUUUAGAAGUGUUUGGAGACCGGAUAGAUGUUCUCUAUUCACAAGACACGCAGAUUCCAACAACUGGAUUUUAUAUGAUUUUCGAAGUUGUUAACAGUUGCUAUAGAUUUUCGUGUUUGAUAUCUGUGGUUCUGGUUUUGUUAAAUUUAUUGUGA